AUGCUCCCCACCACCUCCAUUCAAAAUCGCACCGCCGCUGCUCUCCCCCCACACUCACCCACUCACUCACUCCCCCCGAGCUCAGCUCAGCUCAGCUCAGCCCGAGAACCAGCAGGCACCACCGCCGCUCACACACCACAGGAGGAGGAGGAGGAGGAGGCCGCGAUGGGCGAGGUGGUGCUCAUCUCCCGCCCCGGCGACGGCUGCGGGGGCGUGGGGGAGCGGAAGGCGGACCAGCAGGAGCGGCAGGGGCAGGUGCUGGAGCUGCUGCUCGCCGCGCUGCGCAAGUCGGUGGCGCUGCCGUGCCAGAUGGCGGACGCCGACGACCCGGCCGCCGGCGCGGGGGCCUGGGGGAUGGACAUCGGCUGGCCCACCGACGUCCGCCACGUCGCGCACGUCACCUUCGACCGCCUCCAGGGCUUCCUCGGCCUCCCCGUCGAGUUCGAGCUCCAGAUCCCCUGCCCAGCGCCCAGCGCCAGCGCCAGCGUCUUUGGGGUGUCGCCGGAGUCGAUGCAGUGCGGCUACGACGACAGGGGGAACUCGGUGCCCAAGAUCCUCCUGCUCAUGCAGGAGCGGCUCUACUCCCAGGAUGGCCUCAAGGCAGAAGGGAUCUUCCGCAUCACCCCGGAGAACAGCCAGGAGGAGCAUGUCAGGGAGCAGCUGAACAGGGGUGUCGUGCCUGACGACAUCGACGUCCACUGCCUCGCUAGCUUGAUUAAGGCCUGGUUCAGGGAACUACCCGAAGGUGUGCUUGAUAGCCUCUCACCAGAGCAAGUCCUGAACUGCAACACCGAGGAACAAUGUGUGGAGCUGGUGAGCCAUAUUCCUGUAACACAUGCUGCACUGCUCAGCUGGGUCGUAGAGCUCAUGGCCGAUGUCGUCGAAGAAGAGGAGUCAAACAAGAUGAAUGCCCGGAAUAUCACCAUGGUUUUCGCACCCAAUAUGACACAGAUGUCAGAUCCUCUUACUGCUCUGAUGCAUGCUGUUCAAGUCAUGAACUUGCUCAAGACCUUGGUUCUCAAAACACUCAGAGAACGUGAGGAGGAUGAAGGAUCGUAUUCGACAUUUUCGUCAUCGCCCACUUUAUCCGAUGGACUUGAUGAGGUGGACCGUGAGCACGACCAAGGUGAUGGCAAUGACAGUGGGACUGAGAAAUAUGGCGAUGACAGUAGUGAAAGCUCAAAGAGUGUUGACAAGGCCAACAACCUGAUAACGGACAGCGAACAGCUAAUUGGUUCGUCCAGGAGGCACACCUCAUUUGAGUUCCGUUUGCCUUGCACCAUCAACAAUGACGACGAUGAUAAAUAUCCAUCUCUUAACGACAUCGAAGAAGGUUUCUUGAGGAGGCUAGAGUGGCAGGAAGUGAGCAAAGGCGGCGAUGAAAAAGACGAAGGAAGCAUCUUCUUUACCUCCACCAAAGAUGCAGAGCAGCUGAGCUCCUCUGAAACCAUAAGUGAGUCUUGCAGGGUAAGUGAUCAAACAAGUAGCACUGAAGAUGCAGUUGGUACUAACAGCAUUGAGCCGACAAUGCAAGUGGCGACCAGGACCGAAACUACAAGCGAGAAGGCCACAAAUGCCAAAGAAGUGAGCUGA